AUGUCCCUCCUCCCUGCGUUUGACGACGACGGCACGGGCCUGUUUGACGCGACCGCGUCGUGGGUCUCGUCCAACACUGCUAAAGCCUCGGCCAACCCAAAGUUUGUCGCGGAAGACUUCAACUUUGACUUUGCAACCUUUGCUAGUGCUCCCUCUUCCAACACUCAGCACCAUUUCACUGGCGACGACUCGAUCGAGGCUCUCUUCGACUUCAAGUUUCCCUCGCCAUCACUGCCUGCCCCAGUCGCCUUUGACACUGGUCUUGCAACUCUGGCCCCUAUUCCUACGGCGGCCCAGCACCACCCGCUGCAGCCUCAGCCUCAGCCGCAGCCUUCGUCAUCGGCCCAGCUCAUGCCCGCGGCUAGUGCCGACGCCAACGCCCUCCAGCUUCAGGUCACCCCAGAGCAGACGUUCACCCCUACUGGCUCGCCUCACACCGCGAGUGCAGGCUACGCAUCACCCUCGGGCUUCCAGUACUCUCCUACCCCUGGUCUCACCAUGUGCCCGACCGUGACGAGCACUCCGGCCCCUCGCUCAACCUCGCGUUGCAGCUCGCGCUCGUCCUUUUCUCACUCGGCUGAUGUCGCUGCUGCCGAGCGUGCAAGGCUAUCGACCACGUCUGCUGUUACUGUUGCCGCUGCCCACUACAACAACAACAGCAGCAGCCCCCUCCCCAAAGUGAAGAAAGUCCAUCUCUGCCCCUAUGACGGUUGUGCUCGUGCUACCCGCACCUUCCGCUCCAAUGCCGACCUGCAGCGACACAUCAGGUCCCACCGUGGUGAGCGUCCCUACGCGUGCCCUGCGCCAAACUGCGGCAAGGCGUACGGCCAGCAGAACAAGAUGGUCAACCACGUCCGUCAGCAGCACCCCGCGCUCCUCUCCGUCAUCGAAGUCGGCCGUUCCCGCUCCGCUCGCCGUCCCGGCGUCGCGACCGCCGCCGCCGCUGCCGCCGCCGCACUUGCUGCUUCGUCGGGUUCUCUCUACCCUGGCAUGGCUGGCAUGAUGACCCCAGGCCUCUCGGUCGGUCCUUCUGCUGCGUCCUCGGUCGCUGCCUCUCCGGUCCAGACUCCAGGCCCGGGCCCAGCACCGACCAUGUCCACCCUCUCCGCCCACCGUCACGCACCCUACCACCACCACCAGCCUGCCCACCACGCUCUCCAGCUCGCUGCCCAGAUGACCACCCCAGACCGUCGUGCCACUGCCCAGCCCGUUGCCACUGGUCCGCUCUUCUGCGCCGUCCGUCCGCAGCACCAGCACCAGGGCGGUCGCUGGUUGUCUUAG